AUGAACUAUCCCGGUGACGCCAGUGCGCUGGUUGGCAAGGUCCUCGAUGGCCUUGACGAUGGCCUGCACACUUGGCGGCGAAGUGCGGCACCAAGGAAGAACCCGCCCUUCCCCCUAGGCUCCUUCUUGAAACUCGUUGAACGAGCUGUGGAGCUGUUGGGCUCUGUGCAGGAAGAGAGGGUCACGAUGUGGUGGUUGAUGGCCGUUCCUUGCUUCGUGGCUUGGCAGGCCCAGACUGAAGCAAAACAGAUCCUGGUGACGGGUGGCGUGAUGAAAAGCCGCUUACUGAGUAAGGUGCAUUGUGGCCAAGGUCACCAUCUGGCCGUCGUGCCAGUGGUGGAGGGCUUGCUGGAGCGCGGCCACAAUGUCACGAUGGCGCUCCCCAACACGACCGAAGCGCUCCAGUGGUUCCCUAAUGGCAUUGGCACAGCGAACCUCAUCUACAUCGGUGACGAGACCGCGUCACUCAGCAGUUUCAAGGUUCCGGACAUGAAGAACCUGCGCUGGCAUGAAUGCAUCCUAGCAUGGGGCAAGAUCAUAUGGAAUUACAAGUCCCUGAUAGAUGGGCCUUUUUUCUCCGUGGUCGAUGAUUUCAUAGCCCUUACAAAGCGGCAUCAUUUUGACGUGGCAUUUACCACCAAUUCCUUCGGCUGCAAUGCUGCGCUGAAGAGAUCCAGCAUUCCGUGGGUUUCCUUCCUCAGCAUUCCUCCAUAUCCUGAAAUCGUGCUCAGUGAUUCCGAGCAAAUCUGCAAGUAUCCCAACAUGGCGAACCCUCGAUCCAUGUCCGAACUCCGUGGCUCUCUCCUCAAGCGGGUCCAGAACCGAGUAGAGUGCAUGAUGCUGCAGACUUACAUACGGUUUGGCUUGUCUGUUAUGAACUCAGUGCUACAGGACAGAGGAUUUCCGCCCUUGGCCGAUCAAACGGAAUUUUAUUUCGGAGCCAAGACGAACAUAAUGCUGGGCGGCCCGCCAAUCACUCUGCCAAUCCAGUUGCCCACUGGGCUCCAUGUUGUGGGCACCGUGGAAAGAAAAACACCUCGUGAAUUGCCGGCAGAACUGGAGCACUGGCUGGACCAUGCUGCAGCACCGGUGGUCUAUGUAUCCAUGGGAACCAAGUAUGAAUUCAGUAAUUCCAGCGGUUCGAAUCUGAUCACUGAGCUCCGCAGACUCAUGUCAAGCGGCUUCCGGAUCCUCUGGUCCCUGCGCAGCUCGCAGCAAGGGGCCUUGCAGCACUUGCUUCCACGUACCGGGGAGCAACUGCACAUUGCAAGCUUCACUCCGCAACCCGAGGUCCUCGCACACCCUGCAGUUAAGGCCUUCUUGUCCCAUUGUGGCUGGGGCGGGGUCACGGACACACUGGCCGCAGGCGUUCCUGUUCUUGCGUACCCCUCCUUCUCGGAGCAACGUGGCAACGCGCAGAGACUUGUGGAGAUUGGAGCUGCGGUGCUCGUGCGCCCCGACUUUGCCAAUCUGGUAGAGGCAGCCGAAGCAGUUAUCCAGAAUGCAGCUUUCGCAGAUGCGACGAAGGACUUGCGGAGCUUGGGGGGUCUCAGCCGCACUCUGGAUCUUGUUGAAGACGCCGCGGACCUGCGCUUCCCAGACCCAUUGCCCGUGCAGUCGAAGAUGAACACACUGGAUGCGCAUUUUGUGCGGGACCAUGGGGUGGAGAAGGCACUGAGUAUGUCAAUUUUGCUGCUGGUCAUCUGCGUCCUACUGUGCUGUGGACGGCUCACGAUUUCGUGCUGCCACUACUGCUGCUGCUGCUGCUGCGACAGAACACGCAGCAGCUCAGCAGACACGUCUGGCAGCAAGAAGAAGGAACAGUGA